AUGUUGCCAUCUGAUGUUUCGUUUUCCAAACGGUUGAUUCAAUGCACGUGUGCCAUCUUCUGGUGUCUAUUAUCUGGUGGACCGAUAUUUGGAUUUGCUGCUUUGAAGCCAAUUUUGAUCAAAGAACACGUUUAUGAAUACUUGUGUGAUAUUCAUACCCCAGUGUUUUCCAGCUUCAACUCUAAUCAUAACAAUAACGACAUUACUGCCAAAUGUACCGAUCAAGAUUUGAAAUUGAAUAUGAUGUUCACUGUGGCCGCAAUGUUGACCAAUGUUUCCGCUUUGGCCAUUGGCAGAAUCUUGGAUGUAUAUGGACCUAAGGUUUGUGGAUUGAUUGGAGCUUUCUUUUUGUAUUUGGCUUGCUUUGUGUUCAUAUACUCGAAAUAUUUGGUUGGGUCAAUCAUAGAUCCAUAUUUGUUAGGGUAUGCGUUUUUAGCCUUGGGUGGACCAUUUGCAUUUAUUUCAUCAUUCCAGUUGUCAAACUCAUUCCCCAAGAGUAGUGGUACAAUACUAGCAUUGAUCACUGGUGCCUUCGAUGCCUCAAGUGCAGUGUUUUUAUUGUAUCGUAUUGGUUAUAAUGCCAGUUUCGGCAGUUUUACAUUGGAGAAAUUUUUCACUUUAUACUUGUUUGUUCCAACUUUUAUUGCUGUGGUGCAAAUUUUCAUUAUGAACUCAGAUUCUUAUCAAACUGAAGGAACCUCCAAACUUUGCGCUAAUGAUGAAGAAAAUCACGCACAUGUUGCAUCUCCUGUGUCUUCCAAUAAUCAGGAAACCACUCCAUUACUCAAUGAGUCAGGAACAAGAAUUAGGAGAGACUCUAUGGGUGACGCUAUCAAACAUCCAUACGAGAUUGAGGGAGAAGAGUUUUUGGUUGAACAUUCAAGUGGAGUAUUUGGUAUUAUGCAUGGCUACUCUGCCCAAGAACAAAUCAAGAGUUGGUGGUUUGUGUUGACUACGUUGCUCAGUAUUAUUAUGAUGUUGCGAUUAAACUAUUUCAUGGCCACCAUUGGAACCCAGUACCAAUACAUAUUUGGAUCGUUUGAACUUGCAGACCAGAUUAACAAAUUUUUUGAUGUUGCAUUGCCAUUGGGUGGUCUUAUCAGCGUGCCCUUUAUUGGGUUGUUUUUGGACAAUUGUUCGACAUUAAUGGUUUUGAUUAUAAUGAUGUUGCUUUCAUUGACUAUUGGUUUGUUGGGUUUGGUAUCCAACUAUGCUUUGGCAGUCUUGGGUAUUUGUAUGUUUGUUGUCUAUCGUCCAUUGUUUUAUACUGUGGUGUCUGAUUUCUGUGCCAAAGUAUUUGGGUUCCAAACGUUUGGAACUGUUUACGGAGCAGUGAUGUGUUUGUCGGGUAUUUUCAAUUUUGGCCAAUCAUUCUUGGACGAUUUGACACACACCACAUUCAAUAUGAACCCAAUACCCAUCAAUGUCAUUUUGUUGGUGUUGACGGUUAUUAUUGGAUGCUCGACUGUGGGAUAUGUUUACAAAACUGCAAAGUAA